AUGUCCACUAAUUCUUUCCCAAUAUUGAAAACUCCAUCAACUUCAAAUGUACCAACUAUAACCAGACCACCUUUUCAAACCAAUUCCAACCCAUUGGCAACAAAAUCUCAAUCUACUAUAACUCAAAUCCCAUCAUCUCAACUUCAUUAUUCAACCAGAACAAGAUCAACUACAAUUAAUGAAAUCAAUGAAUUGAUUAAACAAGAUUAUAAAGCCAGUCACAAUAAAUUCAAUUGCAAUUCUAAUGGUGGGAAAAUUAAAUUAUUAGAUGAUGUUGAUUUAGAAAAACAAUUGAUUGAAACUGCUGGUGGGAAAAAUCAUGUUUGGACAUUUAUAUUGAAAUUGGUCAUAUUGACUAUAUUAGUAUUAGGAUCAGGAAUUUUGAUAUUUUAUGCUUUAUAA